GUAAACAUAACUUCGACAAAACCGUGGUCCAAAAUCAAGUGGUUCUAUGAUCCCGAGACCAAGGAGGGAAACAAAAUAAAGAUUGCUGAGAUCUCUGAGGGAGAACUGAAGCGCACAAAUCCAGACGACCGCUUUGGGCAGCGGCUGAAAAUGGUCAACCAGACCACCCUCGGGAUUGUGGACCUGAAGGCGGAGGACAGCGGCGUCUACACUGCGGAAGUACAGUUCAUUACGGCAGUAAUAGGAACCCACCAAUUCACCCUCACUGUCUAUGACGAAUGUGAAGUCGGUUGGUACAUGUGUCUCGCCUUCCCAUACUGUUUCAGCCGCACGUCUCUUUGCGUGUUUGUGAUCGUCGUCUGUCUAUGUUUGUGGCGCUGGAGGGAAAAAAUAAAACGGUCCAUCCUUGAAGGUUGCUUGGCAUGGUGCCCUCCUCUUCUGGACCAAGAAGAAAUCCCAACGCAACCCAAGAGGGACAUCUAAGAAGCGUCCUCAGAGCCAUCGCCAAGAGCAAACCAAAGCAUGAUUCCACCUUUGCUUUCUGGACUUUCAUUGGAAGCUGGAGACCUCCGCUAGUUUUAAAAACACUUCUUUUUGCUGCACAUAAUUAAGAUUAGUUUAAUAAAUGAAGGGAAGAGGAGAAGGGAGAGGGAACAGAAGAUAGGGAGAAAGGAGGAUGUGGUUGGAGGACUGGAGAAGGGAGCAGCCAGGAUGGUAAGAAGAUGGAGAGAAUGAGAAGGAUGAUUUAGGAAGGGAGGAAGGAGAAGGGAAGGUUGGAAGGAAUGAAAGUGUAGGGUAAGUAGUUUAUAAUGAGUAGAUAUCAAUAUAGGAGAUAAUAGAACGUAAUAAUGUUUUCUUUGCUUUAGUGUUUGUUGUAAUGUGGUGUAUACAAAUUUGAAUAAAGUUAUUUUAUUCAAAUCAACUCUGCGUAACUCUGCUGGAAACUGACCAUACGGUUAUUCUGGAGGACCUAGACGUUCCUAGAGAAAACCCUUCCUAGGUAUUUGUAGGUCCUCCAGAGUGAAUCUAUCAUCAACAUCUGGCAGAUGUGGAGCAUAGAGUUGCACUGGAGGACCUAGAAUUUCCUAGAGAGAUGCUUUCUCAGGUUAAACAAAACAAGCGUUGUUUUUUAUUUGCGUUUUUUCCACAUUCAUUAAACAAAAAAGGGACUUUCCAAGUUGUGCCUAAGUUGUGCUAUAUCACAAGCUCUCUUCCCCCGACUUUUCCUGAGCAACCAUCCCAAGUUAUCCAAGUGGAGGAGAGUCCCACAGACCCCAAUAUGGAAAAAUCCCAUUUGUGGGGAGGCUCCAGAAGCCCUAUCUCUAUCCAGACAUCCUUGACAUGCACCAUCGAUGUGCAAACAUCCUGGUGCGCAACCAUCCCAUCUCUCCAGCCAACCUUGUUUUUGGUCCAAGAAAGAGGCAAUGUCUUGUGAUGCCAGAAGCAGCGAGAAGGGAAGUGAUGCUCCUCUUGUGAAUUAAAGUGAGAAUGUGGCUGGCAAGCCAAGGGCCUCUUAGAGGAAACUGUUGUGGUUCAAAAAGUGUGAAAGCAAAGCAGGAGGUGGCCAAAGAGCGCAGAGGAGGCAUCUGAAAGGGCUGCAGACAAGAGAGCUUUCCGCUUUGUGGAGAGAAGGUGGAAAGACAGAAAGUGAGGAUGGACUUUCCCUGCUCUGGGCUUCCAUUCUUGCUCUUCCUUCUCUGGUUCCCAGGCACUGCAAAUCUUCCAGCAAAGGUACGUCAUGUGGACAGCACCCUCGGAGGGUCGGUUUUAUUUCCCAUCACUAUCUCCUCAAUGAAAACGGUGGCUGAAAUCGAAUGGAAAUUCGAGACUGAAAGGGGUCUGGCUCUCCUGAUCGCUGAGUUUUCCGAUGGGAAACUGGUCCGGCCGAAUCCCAGGGACAGAUUUGGGCAGCGGCUGGAAAUGGUGGAUGAAACCACAUUGAAGAUUAAAGACUUGGAGAGGGAAGACAGUGGCGUCUACAUGGCGCGCGUGAUGUUGGCCACCUUCACCGUUCUUGAGUACUUCUUCAAUCUCACCGUUUACAGUGCCAUAAAUGAUCCGGUGGGGAUUCCUUUCCGUCAGGUCAGUGGGGUCCUGGGAAGAUCAGUCCUGCUGUCUAUCAGUAGCAUUUCCCCAUCAGAUGAAAUUGGGAAAAUUGAAUGGGACUUCCAGCCACAAAAUGGGACAGGAUUAUACAUUGCUGAAUUCAAAGAUGGGAAACUGGAGUGUCCCAAUCCGAAAGACCACUUUGGGAUGCGGUUGGAACUGGAGAAUGAGACCACGCUGAGGAUCCGAAAUUUGGAGGAGGAGGACAGCGGAGUCUAUAGAGCUCGGGUUAGGCUUCUUCCUGCAAAGAUCGAAGAGUACUCUUUCCGUCUCACAGUCUAUGAUCCCGUUCCGGAGCCACAGAUUCUUCUCCUCCAAGAAACUCCUGACUCUUUGGCCAGGUGCAACGUGACUUUGUGGUGUUUGGUGUCCGAAAAGGGAGGACUCAACGUCUCCUGGAGAACUGGAGAUGCUUUUAAACCCUUAGAAGAAGAUUUGGACUGGUACCGGUUCUCCUCCGAGGGAUGGAGCCUCCACCUGUCCAACCUUUCCAACCCAAUGGACUCCAGUGUCACCUGCUUAGUCUCCAAUCUGGCCGAUCAGAAGAGCGCCUCCAUCAACUUGACCAACGCUUGCUCCCAUCCAGGGCCACGGAGCUGUUUCUCUUGGGUCAGGAUCACUUUUGCCAUUGGCCUCGUGUUCAAGAUCGCCAUCGUCACGUUCCUGAACCUUCUGGAAAGGAAAGACCGGGUCCACAGCUGAGCGGCUAGGAAGGGUGAGAUGCAACCCUGGUGUCUCUCGGUGUUGGGAUCUCCACCUCCGUUAAAAACAGGACUUGGUUUCCCCAAAUAUUAAGCUGAUGCAUGUCCUCUAAGGGUCCCCAUUUGGCCAGGACAGUCCUGGUUUAUCAACCCUGGAUGCAUUUUGGAAGAAGCCUUCUGAAAUAUCUCCAGAAGGUUUGACAUGUUUUUGUUCAACUAUGUGAUAUUUCCCUUGUUUCUGCAAAGCUUCCCAGACCUGGUUGUUUCAUUUCACAUGUGCAUAUUGCUAGUUUUGGAUUAAAAGUCUGCUGAAACAUG